AUGAGGAAGCUGAAGGUCGCUCAGCGAGCUAUGGAGAGGGCUAUGCUCGGGGUUUCUCUGCGUGAUAAACUUAGAAAUGAGUAUAUCCGCAGUAGAACUAAAGUAACCGAAAUAGCCCAACGGAUUAGUAAGCUGAAGUGGCAGUGGGCCGGCCAUAUACCUCGAAGAACCGACCACCGAUGGGGAAGAAAGGUCCUCGAGUGGCAGCCUCGUACCGGUAGACCACCCCGAGGCAGAACCAGAAAACGAUGGCGGGAUGAACUGGACUCCUUCAUGGAAGACUGGUCCUCCUUAGCACAGAACCGUUAA